UUUACUCCGGCGGUGGCGGCGGCGGCGAGCGAGAGUCCCUGCUCCAUCAGCUGCCGCAACCGCCGCGCCCCGAGCCGCAGCCACGAUGAGCGGCAGGGUGGGCGAUUUGAGCCCCAAACAGCAGGAGGCUCUGGCCAAAUUUCGAGAGAACGUUCGGGAUGUGCUGCCCACCCUGCCGAACCCAGACGACUACUUUCUCCUGCGCUGGCUCCGAGCGAGAGGCUUCGACCUGCAGAAGUCCGAGGCCAUGCUGCGGAAGCACGUGGAGUUCCGAAAGCAAAAGGACAUUGACAACAUCUUUAGCUGGCAGCCUCCAGAGGUGGUCCAGCAGUACCUGUCCGGGGGCAUGUGUGGCUACGACCUAGAGGGCUGCCCAGUCUGGUACGACAUCAUUGGCCCUCUGGAUGCCAAGGGGCUGCUGUUCUCAGCCACCAAACAGGACCUGCUCAAGACCAAGAUGCGAGACUGCGAGCUGCUUCUGCAGGAGUGCGCCCGCCAAACCACUAAGCUGGGAAGGAAGGUGGAGACCAUCACCAUGAUUUACGACUGCGAGGGGCUCGGCCUCAGGCAUCUCUGGAAGCCUGCGGUGGAAGCCUAUGGAGAGUUCCUCUGCAUGUUUGAGGAAAAUUAUCCCGAGACACUGAAGCGCCUCUUUGUUGUCAAAGCCCCCAAGCUGUUUCCUGUGGCCUACAACCUCAUCAAGCCCUUCCUGAGCGAGGAUACUCGCAAGAAGAUCAUGGUCCUGGGAGCAAACUGGAAGGAGGUUUUACUGAAAUACAUCAGUCCCGACCAGGUGCCUGUGGAGUACGGGGGCACUAUGACCGACCCCGACGGAGACCCCAAAUGCAAGUCCAAGAUCAAGUAUGGGGGUGACAUCCCCAAGAAAUACUACGUGCGCGACCAGGUAAAGCAGCAGUACGAACACAGCGUGCACAUUUCCCGCGGCUCCUCCCACCAAGUGGAGUAUGAGAUCCUCUUUCCUGGCUGUGUGCUCAGGUGGCAGUUUAUGUCUGAAGGGGCGGAUGUUGGUUUUGGGAUUUUCCUGAAGACCAAGAUGGGGGAGCGGCAGCGAGCCGGGGAGAUGAUGGAGGUGCUGCCCAACCAGAGGUACAACUCCCACCUGGUGCCCGAGGAUGGGACCCUCACCUGCAGCGAGCCCGGCAUCUAUGUCCUGCGGUUUGACAACACCUACAGCUUCAUCCACGCCAAGAAGGUCAGCUUCACCGUGGAGGUCCUGCUGCCAGACAAAGCCUCCGAGGAGAAGAUGAAGCAGCUGGGGGCCGACAGCCCCAAAUAGCGCCGCCUCCUCCCCCCGGCCGCGGGCCUGAGCCCCCGGUGUCUCCCUGUCGGCUUCUUCCUAGAAAUCAUUCCUGCCGCCAGAGAACCCGGGCUGCAGGAAAGACUUGCGCGGGGAGCUUCCAUUUCAGAAUCAGGAGUGGGGGUAUGGGGGGGUCUCCUUGCCUCUGACUCCUACGGAGGCCCCAGGAGCUGGCCCCCGCCCCGUGAUAGGCUCUGCCUGUCCUUAAGCUGUGCCAACUGUCACUUGUCCAGUGACGAACUAAGCCCGGGAAAGGGGUGGCAGCAGGUUAGGAAUCAGCGAAGGGGGGGAGCGAUCGAGGUCUCACGCUCGCUCCCAAGCCAACAACGAGGGAGGAAGCCGAGGUCAUUGCCAAGGGUAGGGAGCCCACUGGGGGUUGCUGGAGCCAUGGUGGGGGUCGGAGGCUCUUGGGGACUUUUUCUCACUUUGGCUUUUCCCAAAAGAGCACAAAAUCUUCCCACCCUCGCGCCCGGUGGGACAGACAGGCGGGCAGGCUUCUGUCUCGCCCCCGGGGAACUCAGCCACUCCUGGGCUCCCACGGUCGCCUCUUUAAUCGAUUACUAAUGAUUGCCAGCGACUUGAGCUUCCUGGGACGUGGGUGGCAAGUCCCGGUUCUCCCAGGGAGGCUGGGGGUGGGAGCGAGUGCUGCAGCAGGGGUCUCCGGGCCCCUUCUCAUUGCCACCUGCCUCUCACCACGGACCUUCCAUCUGACAAGCGGGAUGGCGGCGGCAGCGCUCAGAGGGGGCCACGUCCCAGUCGUGCCCGCCGACCUGCUCCCUGACCCGGGCCUCGGCGAACAGCAGGUGCGGCGGGUGCCUCGUGCCUGGCCGGGAGGCGGCCCGGGUCAGUAUCUCGCGGGGGCCGGGGGCCGCCUCGCCUCCCCCAGCCCCUAACCCGACCCCACUCGGCCUGCGGAGGAACGCACACACGUCGGGAAGGCGGACCCCGGUCCCCUGGCCUGGCCGGGACAGAGCAAGACCGGGCCGGAGGGGACCACGCCUGAGGCUGCCACAGGCCCCGUGGGACCGGUCCGCUCAGGACAUGCUGGCCUUGGUCUACCACGCUCUGUUAGGAAAUUUAACCAAUGAAUAAAGCAGCGUUCGGUGCGCAGGGAGUGACAUUCAAUGA